AUGACUGGACGACACGCAGCGACAUCCCUGCUGCGCACCGCAGAGCCGGCGCUGCGUCGCUUUGCAUCGACCUCUUCGGCGACCCGCACACCACCGCACCUGCUCACCCUCGCCGACCUCUCCCCCGCGCAGAUCGGCUCCGUGCUUCAAUCGGCCAUCGAAUUUAAGUCCGCCUUCCGGGCUGUAUCUCUCGCACACCCCGAGUCGUCGCGCAAGCAGCUCUCCGCGGGCGAAUCGCCCAUCCCGCAAAGCCUCAAGAACAAGUCCAUCGCCAUCAUGUUCUCCAAGCGCUCCACGCGCACGCGUGUCGCGUCCGAGACGUCGGUCGCCUCUCUCGGCGGUACCGGCCUGUUCCUCGCGCCCUCCGACAUCCAGCUGGGGGUGAACGAGAGUCUGUACGACACCGCAAAGGUGGUCAGCUCGAUGGUGGACGGCAUCAUGGCCCGCGUGGGUGGGCACGACGAGGUGGAGCUGCUUUCGAAACACUCUACCGUGCCGGUGAUCAAUGCGCUGUCUGCGCGAUACCACCCGACGCAGAUUCUGGCGGAUCUGCAGACGAUGCUCGAGAUCUAUGCGCCGAAGAGCAGUCCGACGGAUCUGGGCUCGUUGGCGGGGUUGAAGGUCGCCUGGGUCGGAGACAGCAAUAACAUUCUCAACGACAUGCUUGUGGCCUAUCCGCGAUUGGGAAUUCACUUGUCGGUCGCUACGCCGGCAGGCCCCGCGUAUGCCCGCGACGAGCUUGUCUGGGGCACCAUGCAGGACGGUCUCUCGGCACUGUCCAAGUCGGGCUCUUCGCCCGUCGCUCUCGGCCAGGUCACCUGGUCCAACGACCCGGCAGAAGCCGUCAAGGACGCCGACAUCAUUGUGACGGAUACGUGGAUCAGCAUGGGCGACGAGGCGCAGAAGGACCAGCGUCUGCGCGAUUUCCGCGGUUUCCAGGUCACCGAGGCCAUGGCAAAGAAGGGAGGUGCAAAGCCCGACUGGAAGUUCAUGCACUGUCUGCCACGCAAGGGUGACGAAGUGGACGACGAGGUGUUUUACUCGGACCGCUCGGUGGUGUUCCCCGAAGCCGAGAAUCGCAAGUGGACGAUCAUGAGUCUGUUCGAUCGCAUGUUCGGGCGAUGGGAGUUGUAG